UGCUUCUCAAUAUAAUACAGUUUCUCCUCCUCUCCACCGUCGCCACCGCCACCAAUCUUAGCCUUACUAGAAGGAAUUCUCAGGUAGAAAUCCGUCGCCACCGCCACCUUCUCCACCAAUCUUAGCCUUACGAUAAGAAAUUCUCAGGUUGAAAUGUUGACGCCGGAUGAGGGUGCGGCCAUGGCGGCAGCCAAGAAUCCACUACCGCAUUCCCCGUCGCCGUCACAGUCGCCGUCCCCGGUGCCGUACCUUUUUGGCGGCCUGGCCGCCAUGAUGGGGCUCAUCGCUUGCGCAGUCUUGAUCCUUAUCUGCUCUUACUGGCGCCUCGCCGGGCCGCUGGGUACCGGCGACGACCCCGAGCGGGACCCCGAGACCGGAGACGGCAAUGGCAACGACGGGUCGGCGGCGGCGCCGCCGGCGGUGAUGGAAGAGAAGCUUCUGGUCAUUCUGGCUGGCCAAGAAAAGCCGACUUGUUUGGCUACACCCGUGGCGAGUAGAGUAUCGUCUUUUGGCAGUAAUUGCAGCUGUAGCAGUAGUACGGUGAGCAGUGAGAGUAGUACUCUGGGCAAAUCUGAAGGGGAAAACGAUGAGAAAAAAUCAAGAUUUUAACGGCGGCGGUGGUCAGGUGGAAAUGGAAACCAUAUAGAUUGGGUCUCUCGAAGUUAGCUUUUUUAAAUUUUAUUUUUAUUUUUUUUAUUUUAAAAUUUUUGGUGGAUCAGAAAAUGUAAAUUGCGCAUCAUAGAUACAGAUCUGCUUUGUCAAUAAUUUUUGCUCUUCUA